CGGAAGUUUUUGUUUCCUCACCUGUCAGUUCUGGCACUGUGCGAGAGUCCAUCCUUGUCUCUUUGUUUUUCUGCGAUAAAGAGGUCUUCUUUUUUCAAAAAUAAAUGCUAAUCCCGUGUGAUCAACUGACAACUAAUUGAGGACAACAUCUAACACGGUCUUCUAUCUGCUACAGAGUAGGCCUGUGCAGGCAUGGAGCCCCUGGCAGUGGAUGAUGACAUUUGCAUUCUUAAACAUGAGACGGCCUACACCGGUGCUGGCGAGAGUCCUGUAUCGGUGUGUGCCGGCGAUGAAUCGGUUGCUUCCCACUUUGCCCUGGUCACGGCCUAUGAGGACAUCAAGAAGAGGCUGAGAGACACCGAGCGAGAGAAUACCUUACUGAGGAAGAGGGUUAAGCAGCUGGAGGAUAAGCUCUUCAGGCCAGAGGCUCCUCCAUCAGAGGGUCCCCAGUACGUGAACAAGGCCUUCAGUGCUUACCGAGGUAUCUAUAUAGAGAAGGAGGACCUGCAGAUGGAGCUUAACAAACUGAAAAAGGAGAAGAGUGAUAGUGAGAGGUUGCUGACGGAGCAGCUCCAGGCCAAAGAGUUGGAGCUGCUUCAGCUGAAGACGGAGAUGGAGACCAGCCAAGGUACAGUGAUGAAGAGCCUGAACAGCCCUCAGGACUACUGGCAGGUGGACAGGGUCAGCACUGAGCUAAAGAUCCACAAACUGCAGGAGGAGCUGGAGAGGGUGACACUGGAAAACAGCCGGCUGCUGGAGAGAAGUGGGGAGGAACCCCUUGGCCUUAACGGACCAGACUUGGACCAGACCUGUGACACAAAGUACAAUACAAGGGAAAGGAGCAUUCAGCAGACAUACGAGUCUUUGUGCUGCGAGGUCACUCGUCUCCAUUCAGAGCUGAAGCACCAAACGGCCCUGAUUAGGAAACUCAGGCCACUCGACAGUGAGACAAGACAAGCUGCCUCCACAGUUCCAGUCCAGUGUCUGGACGACGUGGAAAAGAACAACCACCACGCAGUUCCUCGGGCGUCAGUGCCUCGCCCCCCUAGUGCCCCCCCACUCCCCUCGUGCUCCGGCCGCCCCUGCCCCCCUGUCGGCGGCCCGUCAGGCACCGUGCUGCCGGACAGCCUGAGGGAGGACUGCUGGUACAACGGGAUCUGGCCCUCCCAGAGCUGUUCAGGGGAGGCUCUGGUUGGCAGCGACACCUGCUCGGUCGUCCUGCCCCCGCCCCCCCUGAACCAAGCCUCCCUGGAUGACAGCUCGCGCUCCUUCCCCAGCCCCCCCAAACCCAGUGACGCCAUGUUCUGGGAGGGACACUCCACUGCAUCCAACUCCUCGUCCUCAAUUGGAAACUGCAGUCCCAGGAGCCCCCCCAAUGCCGAGUGGGCCAAGCCCUAUUGAGGGGAAACUUCGGUGGGAGAAUAGAUGAUUAAAUAAUGUGUAAUUGAAUGGAAAAUAAAUGAAUGGAUGAACGAAUGGACUCUCCAACCCUGCCACAUAGCUACCACCUAACCUGCCUUAAGUUGAUAAGACCACUCCUCUGGGCUGGAAUGCACUGGACCUGCUCGUUGUGGGGGCUAAUUGAGGCCAGAGGAGGCCUUUUUUUGGAGGUAAAGACUCGGUAAACUCAUUACUCUGUUAUCUCUGCACACCGCAUCGGUGAACAUAUCGGACUUUGCAGAGGAACGUUUGAUGAGCAGAAUUGUUUGUCUGUGUGUAUGUGUCCUUGUAUGCACAUGCAUAAGUGUGUGCAAGCAUGCAUACAAGCAGUUGUACUUCUGUGUGCAUAUACACACAUCCAACAGAGUGUGCCUGUGUGUGCAGAUCAGUGUGUGGGCAUCUUUCGCCAGCCUGUAUCUGUAUAUCGUCAUAUUUAUCCUAAUAGGGCUCAAAGGGCCUCUUUCUCCAUUCCCUGCGGCCAGUGAUCACUGGGGCCACAGCAUUGUACUAGAAUUUGUAAAACUGUACUGUCCAAUGCAAGUCUUUUUACAUUUGAUCGCUGUAAAGUAUAAAAGGUAUGUAGUCCCAUGGAUGUCUCAUGAUCAUGUGGAGGAGAGAAGUAGGUCUGAGGACUUGAUGUGAUUGUUUUUGUACUGUGAUAAAGAACAUAGAGUAACUGUAGGAUAAUCAGAUUAUUUGUUCCAAAUUAUAACAGCUACCAAAUGGCAUCCUUUUUUUCCCCUUAAAAUUGUUAUUUUUGUUAAGUCCUUAUGGAUC